UAUGUUUUAAAAAAAUGUACAUGAGGGGAUCGGUUUUGUUUGGUCUGAUCCGGUUCGGUACGGUAUGUGAGAAAUUGUCGGAACGUCAAAACUGAAAAAGAAAAUAAACCAGAACGGUUUAGAAAGAAGGUGGAGGAGAGAAAGGAAUCAGCUGAGACUCACAUUCGCCGACGGAGGAGUCUGAAUUACUUGGAGGUUUUAGCUGUACCUUUUGGCGGCGCCAAAAUCAUGCUCUUCCACAGGCUGUUAAGAUUAGGUUCUCGCAUUGUUAAGGAGCUUCCAAGAGAAAGGCAUUUCACAAUAUGUGGAAGGCGGUUUCUACAAAGAUCUUAUGGCCAAUAUCUGCUAUCUUCGGCUGUACUAGAGAGACAACCUAGGACUUUUCAGGACGCCUUUUUCUCAAAUAACCACAAUCUGUGUACAUCUUUCAGCACCACUGCCUCUGAAAAAGGUGGCGAAGAAACAGAAAAGAUAAACGUUAUCUUUGUUGAUAAAGAUGGAGAGGAAAUUCAUGUUAAGGUCCCAAUUGGGAUGAACAUCCUUGAAGCUGCUCAUCAAAAUGAUAUAGAACUCGAAGGGGCGUGUGAAGGUUCUCUAGCGUGUUCAACGUGCCAUGUGAUUGUUAUGGACACGGAAUACUACGAUAAACUCGAAGAGCCAACAGAUGAAGAAAAUGAUAUGCUGGAUCUUGCUUUCGGGUUAACAGAAACGUCGCGAUUGGGAUGUCAAGUGAUAGCAAAACCAGAGCUAGAUGGAGUACGCUUAGCCAUUCCUUCAGCCACUAGGAAUUUUGCAGUUGAUGGGUUUGUUCCAAAACCUCACUAGCCACUUCAAAGUUGGAUCUUUCAGUUUAGUUGAGUUUUCUGAGGUUACACUUGUUUAUUCAUCGAAAAACCAUAUUACAUAAAACCUUAGGGAGUUAUAGAUAUUGUAAUUCAUAAGGUGAGAUGUUAUAGAUGUUGUAAUUCAACAUUCCUGAAGCAAACAGUUGCAGUCGCUCUACUCUAAUUCCGUGUGAUUUUUUGGUUGUGGUUAAUGAAAUAAUGAUGUUCAAGGAA